AGAGCUGGAUGUUCCGUUCUGAGGGUCCUGCAAUCAUGUCUGAUCGUGACCCGAAGCAUAACAAUGUUAUUACGACACAGCCUUUCCUUUCGGGAAGUGGGUGGUUCUAAGCCAGAAUCUCCCGAGGGGAUGUGACUGACUGGGUUACUGCGAUAAACGAACGUCUCACCGAGAGGUUUAGAACGCUUAAAGCUCCAAAACAUGCUGCUUGUUUAGCAGCCGAGGUUCAGUGCGGUUUUCAUCAUGAUGUUUCCCUUAAUGUCCUCCAUGGUCUGCUCCACGGUCUCCUCCUUGGUCCUCCAGAUGGCCCUCAUCAGCCCUCUGAUCCACGGAUUCACCAACCAUCUGAUGGUUACGCCGCAGAGCCCAGUGGUCCAGAUCGGCACCAACUUCACGGCUACAUGUGUGAUCCUCAACACCACAGAAGUCACUGCAGACGAUCUCUACUGGAAAAUCAACUCCUCCAUCAUUCCUGAAGAAUACUACACAAAGAUUAAUGCCUCAGCCGUGUCUGUGACCCUCCCCAUCACAGACGAAGAGGAAGCGUGGCUGUUUUGUGCCGCCGAGAGAACCUCCCACUACGUUCUCCUGAAUAAAGCCAAGUUUCUGCAUGGAAUCUGGAUCACGAAAGGAUAUCACCCAGAGAAGCCGGAGAAUCUGUCAUGUAAAGCGAUGCAGGAGGGACGCUGGAUCUCCGGCAAUCUAACCUGUAGGUGGGAUUCAGCCAGUCGUCAAACCAAACAUGUCCCAACAUCUUACACCCUGUUUGUGGAAGAACAUCCGGGCCAAAUAUUUAAGGUUACAACGCAGGACACCAAGAUCACUGUGCCUAUGGGUGUCUUCCCUCACCACACGUCGCUGGUUGUCAGAGUGGUGGCACACAAUUCACUGGGAAAAGCAGAGUCUGAGCAUCUGGAGAAAGACGCUAAAGAAUUUGGGAAAACAUUUCCUCCAUCCAAUGUGAAAGUCUUUGCUGAGGAGAUGUUUCCUACUUCACUUCUUAUCGAAUGGGAACAUCCUAUUGAACGCGUGUAUUUAAAGCUGGCUUAUCAAAUCCGAUUCUGCCCGCAUGGAUCCCACGUGUGGAGACAUGUAAGUGUCCCUGAAGAAUAUACAGAGAAAGACAUCACUUCCUUCAGGCUGCAGAAGCUUCGACCUUUCCAGCAGUAUGACGUUCAGGUGCGCUGCAAAAGCAGGCGCGGAGGCUACUGGAGCGACUGGAGCGCCAAUGUGACUCAAACGACACCAGAGGACAGCCCGGCCAGUAAACCGGAUUUGUGGAUGCUGUAUGCGGGUGGUGGAGAGGUGCAGCUGGUUUGUAAGGAUCCUGAAAUGUCCAACGGAAGGAUCACAGCUUUCAACGUGACGAUCCAGCGCAGCGGAAAUGACAGCAGUGAGCAGGAGGUGGUCCCAGUUCAGCAGUCUGGAGCCACCUGGAUGUCCAGGCAGGGGAUCACUCCGCUCAGAAGGAUUUCUCUGGCCAACCAAAUGUUCAUCAAAGCGUGCGCCACUGCCAGCAACUCUGUGGGAACUUCUCCAAAGGCGUGUUUGCACGUGCCAUCCAGCCUGGCCGGGAGACACAGAGUGGAAGGAAUGAAGGUGUGGAGCCAGGAUGGCCAGAUGUUUGUGGCGUGGAAACGGCCCAACAGUUCAGCUGUUUCAGAGUACGUGAUCCAGUGGUCCGACCGCACGCACACAGACUGGCAGAGAGAAAACGGACGCACCAACAAAACCGCCAUUAAAGGGAAGCUGCAGAGCUUCGUCUGCUACAACAUAUCGGUGUAUCCCAUCAGGGCUGGUUGGCUCCUGAAGCCCACGAGUCUAGAAGCCUAUCUGGAGCAAGGAGCUCCUCUAGAGGGUCCGUCUGUGACCAGGACCGUCCCAGGAUACGAUCACGCUGUGCUGGAGUGGAGCCCUGUCCCGCUGGAGCGCAGGCAGGGCUUCAUCACCAACUGCACCGUGUUCUACAGAAGGAACAAUAAGCCUCCCGAACCCAUGGCUGUCCCAGCUAACGCCACCUCCAUCACCCUCACCCAGCUGUCGGGCAACACCAAGUACGAGGUGUGGGUUGGAGUGUCAACCAUUGCGGGCAUGAGGAACGGCACCCCGCACUCAUUCAACACCCUGAAACACGCUCCAGGAAUGGUGGAGGGCAUCGUGGUGGGAGUCAGCCUGUGUUUCCUCUUCCUCGUUCUCAUGGUCAUCCUGCUCUGCAUCUAUAAAAAAGAUGUAAUAAAGGAGAACUUCUGGCCUCAGAUUCCGAACCCCGGAGAGAGCACCAUUGGAAACUGGUCCCCUGGUUACCCUUUGCAGGCCGAGACGCCGAAGGAGAACUGCGUCACCGGCGUCUCCGUGCUCGAUGUCGGCGUCUGUGAGGUGAAGCUCGGUUUCGAAGACGACAAGACCAGUCUGUCCCUGAAGAAGGACAAGUACCUGUCCGAGGAGCACAGCAGCGGGAUCGGCGGCUCCUCCUGCAUGUCCUCGCCUCGCCAGAGCGUUUCCGACAGCGACGAGGGCCCCGACCUCGCCGACUCCACGGCCAGCACCGUCCAGUACUCCUCUGUGGUGGCGUCCAGCGGUUACAAGGGCCAGACCCCCGGCUCCCAGUCGCAGCACUCCAUCUUUUCCCGCUCCGAGUCCACGCAGCCGCUGCUGGACUCGGAGGAACACCCGGACGUGCUGCUGCAGCGCUCGCCCAGAGAGACGGUCUUUCCUCCGAACCCGGACGACUUUAGACCGCUGGGGGGGGGGCAGCAGCCCUUCUGUCCCCUCAAAGAGGACGCCGAGCAGACCCCCGAGUCAGACAGCCUGCAGGAUGACACGGGGGCGCCCCUGUCCAGCUACAUGCCUCAGCUGGCCGGUUACAGACCUCAGUAGGAACCAACAGGGCUGGUUUCAUUGUCC